UGUCGAACAAUGCAAAGCACAUCAAUCACAAAUUACAUAAAAACAAGUACACAAAAAAGAAGAAAUAGAAACAAAGAAAGGUGAGGUAAAAUGGCAGCACCAGUAAUUAUCUGUCUUAAAUCUGAUUACAACAACAAAUAUUUGCGGUAUCGUUAUGAAGAUGUUCAAACACAUGGCCUUCUCCAGUUUUCUGCUGAUAAGGUUAUGGAUCCAUAUGCUCAAUUUGAGGUGGAGAACUCAAAGACUUUUGAUGGUCUUGUCCAUCUUAAAUGUCGCUACAAUAACAAGUAUCUAGUUAGAUGGUCUCCAAAUCAUUAUUGGAUCACUGCAUCGGCUAACAAAAUUGACGAAAACAAAAGCAGCUGGACUUGUACAUUGUUCGAACCUAGUUACAUUGGUGAUCGUGAAAACCAAAAAAUGCGACUAUUGCAUGUUCAACUUGGUCAUUAUGCAUGCUUAUGGAGGAUAGGUGCCCCCUUCGACUCUUGCUUAUUUGCAGGAUCAAAGGACAUUGAUAAAGACUCAUGUGAUGUUUUCACCUUGGUAUAUGGAGAAUCUCUAUAUAAAAUUCCCAAACAACUGGCAUUUAAAGGUGAUAAUGGGAAAUAUUUAGGCACAUUUGUGAAAAAUGGUGUUUCAUAUUUACAAUUUUCAUACACCAAUCUUAAUGAUCCUAUGGUAGCACAUGAGGCUUUCGUAACUCCUGAUGGCACAGUUUGCAUAAAAUCUAAUCACAAUGGCAAAUUUUGGAGGCUUGGAGAUGGUGAUUGGAUUUUGGUUGAUGCAGAGGAUCCUCGAGGUAAUAGUAAUGCAGCUGCCAUGUUUAGGCUUAAUGUGCUUGAUAUCAAUCGCAUAGCUCUCCUCAACAUGUCCAAAACUUGGUUUAUUAAAAGACUUACUGCCCAGAGUUUAGAGAGUUGCAUGAAUGCUGGAAUUCAAAAUCUUGACAAAUAUGGAAUAUUGGAGGUUAUAGACUUGGGACUUGUGUCCAAUAAUAAGUGAAGUUACAGUCAGUUCGACAAUUUGUUGUUGUUUUAAGUGUGCUUACUGCUUAGCAUGUUUGCUUUAAUUUUUCCUUGUUGGUAUGUUUUGUGUGUGUGUAAUGGAAGGAAUAAUAUGUUACAAGAUCUAAUAAAUGUAACCUUUUCUAA